CCUGGGCGCACGGCGGCCGGCCCGACUCUUCCCCGUCGCGGGCGCGACUGCCGGGGUUUGUCGCGAGCGGGGAGCCGUAGUGGGCGGGCUGCGCGCGCGUGUGGAGGACCCGGAAGCGGCGCGGGAGCGGCCGGAGGGAGCAGACGUUUCCCGUCAUGGUGGGCGAGAGGAGGAACGGAAACCUGCUCGUGCACCUGGGGCCCAAGCUGCAGGCCCACCCCGAGGAGCUGAUCCGGCAGCGCCGGGGCCACGAUGGCCACACCGAGUACCUGAUUCGCUGGAGCAUCGUCAGCUUGGAGGAGGGCCCAGGGAGCAGCACCAAUGCCUCUUCGGCAGAGAGCAAAGCGGAGAACAUCCUGAUGUGGAUGUCGGCAGAGGAGGUUUAUGCCAACUGCCCGACGCUGCUGGGCAAGAGGAAGCCCGAGGGGCAACGGGUAAAGGAAGAGAAGGCACCCAGCACGUUCCCUCCGGACGUCACGCUGGACGAGGCCUCGCUGCUGGAGAUGAAGGCUGACGUCAGGAACCUGGUGCAGCGGGCUGGCCGGCAGAUGGCUGGACCCACGGGCCCGGAGUCCUCCAUCCUCAACACCAUCCACGUGCUGAGCGCCUACGCCAGCAUUGGCUCGCUGACGGGCGUCUUCAAGGAGACUGGGGCCCUGGACCUGCUGAUGAAAAUGCUGUGUAAUGAGGAGAAGCAAAUCCGCCGCAGCGCUGGCAAGAUGCUGAGGGCCCUGGCUUCCCACGAUGCAGGGAGUCGGGCCUACGUUCUCCUGUCCCUGAGCCAGCAGGACGGCAUUGAGCAGCACAUGGACUUCGACAGUCGCUACACCCUCCUGGAGCUGUUUGCGGAGACCACGUCCUCCGAAGAGCACUGCAUGUCCUUCGAGGGGAUCCACCUGCCCCAGAUCCCCGGGAAGCUGCUGUUCUCGCUGGUGAAGCGCUAUCUGUGCGUCACCUCUCUCGUGGACAAGCUCAACAGCAGCACGGAGCUGGGCGGGGAGCGGCAGGACUGCGCCGUGCCCUGCGCCCACGUUGGGGAGAGGAGCCGCAUGCAGCGGGAGUUCGAGCUCAGCAUGGCCAUGGCCAAUCUCAUCUCCGAGCUGGUGCGGGUGAUGGGCUGGGACCGCAGCCAGAGGAUGGAGCUGCUGUCCCUGCAGGAGGGGCAGCCCCGGGUCGUCCGCUCCAUCUUCCAGCCCAAGGCUCCCGCCUGCACCGCCGUCCAGGUGGCCGCCUGCCCACCCCAGAAAGAAGCCAGUGCCUUCAAGACGCGCUCUGCCUUCCCGAGCCGUAGCAGCUAUGUGGAGUACGUGCAGGGGAGCUUGGUGCGGGGCAUGCGGGUGCGCAUGCUGGAGGACUACGAGCAGGUCAGCGCUGGGGAUGAGGGCGAGUUCCGCCAGAGCAACGAUGGCACGCCGCCCGUCCAGGUUUACUGGCAGGCGCUGGGCCGCACCUACUGGGUGCACUGGCACAUGGUGGAGAUUGUCAGUUCGUCUGGCCAGGCGGAGCGGGAGGCCCAGGAAAAGGUGUCCAGCCUGACGAAGAACCUGAAACUGACCACUGUGACCCAGACGUUUUACUGCAAGCCCCUUGGGGGGCUGUACUCCUUGCCCUACCUGAUAGACCGGCUGAGCGAGGACUCGGAGGCCCUGAGCCGGGCCGAGUGGUGGGAGCUGCUCUUCUUCGUGAAGAAGCUAGAACCGCACGAGCAGCAGGAGAUCGCCCAGCUCAUCCGGCAGCACCAGGAGGAGCUGCUGUCGGAGCUGGAUGAAGAAGCCCUGAUCCAGCUGUCGGUACCGGUGGAGCUGGCCCAGCAAGUGCUGCGGGUGCUGAGCAAGCAGUGCCAGGGCUGCACCCUGAGUGACCUGCACAGCUCCCAUGUCUACAGCAAGUACUUCCUCCGCCCAGGGGGGGCGCAGCCGGGCAGUCUGGGGCUGGACGCAGCGACCUCGGAGUGCGCCGAAUCCCUGGUGUCCAAGAAACCAAAGAAAGACCCUCCUGCUGCCAGAGUGCCUGCCCCAGCCCCCCCGGAGAAAUCCGACUGCCAGCUGUUCACCGAGCUGCUGCGAGCGGAGGGGCUGCCCUGUCCGGAGAUGGCGGAGGAGAAAGCCAAGGUGUUGUGCAGCGCGAAGGGGUCGGGGAAGAAGAGCUCGUUGGAGCGGAUUGCAGAGGUGGUGGAACUGAUCCAGAGGUCCAGCUCCGAGGUGGGGCUGCAGCUAGCUGGGCUCAGGUUCAUUAUCAAGACUCUGGAGGAGGAGGCCGGGCGAGAGCGGCAGGUCAUCAAACCUGAGGGACUCACCAUCAGGGAGAAGCUGGUGAAGAUGCUGGUGGAACUGCUCACCAACCAGGUGAAGGAGAAGCUGCUGGCGGUACUGGCACUGCGCCUGCUCUGUGUGCUGAUGGCCAAGUACGACUGGCGCGUGCUCUUCGCCACGGAGGGCGGGGUGCGUGCCGUGCUGGCCUGCAUGCAGGAGUACGCCCCCUCGGCGCUGGUUCAGCAGGCCGGCCUGGCGGCGCUGAAGGUGCUGGUGGGCGCCGGGACCUGCGAGCCGCUGGGUGCCAGCGAGAAGCCCUGUCCCCUGAACCACGCCGAUGCCCAGGUGAUGUGGGAGAUCUUCGCCAGCAUCGGCUCCGCCUCCAGCAAGGACUCGGACAGCCUGCUCUGCGCCCUCCCUGCCGCCAUCCGCACCAUGCAGGGCACCGCCGGGGCCUCGUCGGCCGUGCAGAACGGCCUGCUGGUGGCCGGCAUGCUGAUCGACAGCCACCGGGGCCUGGCCGAGCAGCUGGCGAGCUGUGACAUCCACUCGGCCCUGCAGAGCUGCUGCCAGGGGGGCCAGGACCCCGCCGCCCCCAGCCACGCCAACGAGAUGCUGGCCCAGAUCGCGCUCAGCCGCCUGGCGGAGCACAAGCUCCCCAUGAACCUGGAGACGACAGAGGCGGGCUCAGCCCUGGAUCUGAAGGACGUGGACGUGCAGACGCUGCUGGGCCGCCUGCAGGAGGGCAGCCUCUCCAAGGAGCUGGUGCUGGCCCUGGAGCGCUGCCUCUGCGAGGAGGCCGGCCCCGCGAGCGAGGGGGCCGAGGCCCUGCGGGACCGCCAGCACUUCCUGCUGCUGCUGCGCAGCCUGGAGCAGCUGGGGGCCGAGAAGGCCGUGCAGCUGGGGAUCCUCCGGAUUUUGAACAAGCUCCUGGACAGUUACCAGGAGGAGGGGCUGCCCUGGCACGAAUGCAUCGAGCCCUGUCUGUCCUCCAUGAGCGCCCCCAGCAACGAGCGGGAGGUCGUGCAGGAGUUCGUUCGCUUCCUCCACCGCCUGGCCACCGCCACUAAGGACUGUGCCGUGGUGAUGUGCCGUCUGGGCACCAAGGAGGCCCUGUCCAAAGCCCUGGACAAGCACAGCUCCAACCUGCUGCUGGGUCCGGAGCUGCGGGACCUGGUGACCGACUGUGAGAAGUACGCCAGCCUCUAUCAGAAGCUGACGACCAGCAUCCUGGCCGGUUGCAUCCAGAUGGUGCUGGGUCAGAUUGAGGAGCACAGACGGAGUCACCAGCCCAUCAACAUCCCCUUCUUCGACGUCUUCCUGCGCAACCUCUGCCAGGGCUCCAGCGUGGAAGUGAAGGAGGACAAGUGCUGGGAGAAGCUGGAGGUUUCCUCUAACCCCCACCGAGCCAACAAGCUGACGGACAGGAACCCCAAGAGCUACUGGGAGUCCAACGGCAGCACCGGCUCGCACUACAUCAACAUCUACAUGCACCGCGGCGUGGUGGUCAGGCAAAUGAGCCUGGUGGUGGCCAGCGAGGAUUCCAGCUACAUGCCAGCCCGGAUCGUGGUCAUGGGAGGAGAGAACCCGGCUAGCAUCAGCACCGAGCUCAAUACGAUGAAUGUCACGCCCUCGGCCAGCAGAGUGAUCCUCCUGGAGAACCUGACCCGCUUCUGGCCCAUCAUCCAAAUCAAGAUCAAGCGCUGCCAGCAGGGGGGUAUUGACACGCGCGUGCGUGGCAUCGAGAUCCUGGGGCCCAAGCCCACCUUCUGGCCCAUCUUCAAGGAGCAGCUGUGCCGGCGCACGUGCCUGUUCUACACUACCCAGGCACACACGUGGUGCCAGGAGAUCGCGGACGAGCGCAUGCAGCUGCUGCAGCUCUUCAACAGGCUGAACUGCGCCCUGCGGCACGAGCAGGUGUUCGCCGAUCGCUUCCUUCCCGAUGACGAGGCGGCCCAGGCUCUGGGCAGGACCUGCUGGGAGGCCCUAAUCAAUCCCUUGGUGCAGAGCAUCACCAGCCCAGAUCCCAGCGGCGUCAGCCCCCUGGCCUGGCUCCUGAGCGAGUACCUGGAGAACCUGGAGACGGCCCGACGCGCCAAGAGCCGCGCCACCAUCUUCAAUUCCCGCGUGCGGCGCCUGAGCCACCUGCUGGUGCACGUGGACCCCGGCAGCCCGGAGCCCGAGGAGCUGAGAGCCCCGGUCAAAGCCAAUGGGAAGAACGGGAAGAACAAGGAGACGAGCUCCGGGGCCGCCAAGGUGUCGGGGAAGAAGCCCAGCAGCCUUACGGGGAUUACGCAGUGCUGGAGGGGCGUGGUGCAGCAGCAGGUGAAGCGGUUCCUGGAGUCGUCGUGGCAGGGGCCGGACUUCGUGGAGCGGUACUGCCGUCUCUACCUGGGCCUGCGCCGCGCCAUGGAGGAGCUGUUCGGGCAGCAGACGGCCUUCACGCUGGCCCUGCGGCAGGGCUUCUCCGGGGGCCUGCUGCAGCUCUCCUUCCUGACGGCCAUGCACGUGAGUGAGCAGUUUGCUCGCUACAUCGACCAGCGGAUCCAGGAGAGCCAGAGGGACACGGCCAACGUGGAGUCGCUGCACCGGCUACAGCAGAGCCUGGAGCCCAUCCUCUUCCUCUCCGGCCUGGAGCUCGCCAACACCUUCGAGCACUUCUACCGGUAUUACCUGGGCGACCGGCUCCUGGCCCAGGGGAACGUGUGGCUGGAACGGGCCGUCGUGGAGCAGAUCGGGCUCUGCUUCCCCAAUCGCUUCCCCCAGCAGAUGCUGAAGAGUCUGAGCGAGUCGGAGGAGCUGCAGCAGCAAUUCCACCUCUUCCAGCUGCAGCAGCUCGACAAGCGCCUGCUGGAGCUGGACGCGGGCCAGGAGGACGCGGCGAUGGCGGAGGAGCCGGCCGCGCUGGAGGAGGAGCUGGAGGUGAAGGUGCUGGCCCUGUCCCCGCGCUGCUGGACCGUCUCCCCACUCUGCUACCUGGAGGAUCCCAGCAGAUGUUUCCCGCGGCCCCUUGGGGGCUACUUGGCGCGGUUUGCCGACUUCUACACCAACAGUCAGAGCCGGUUUGGCCUGGAGCACACGAAGCCGCGGCGGCUGCAGUGGACGUGGCUGGGCCACGCGGAGCUCCGGUUCGCGGGCAGCACCACCCUGCACGUCUCCACCCUGCAGAUGUACAUUCUGCUGGGCUUCAACAGCGCCCAGGAAGUUGCUGUGGAGACCCUGGCCCAGGCCACAGGGCUGUCUCCUGUCCUGCUGAGCCACGCGCUGAAACCUCUGACGGGAGAGGCCGGGAUCCUGACCCAGAGCCUGCCUCAGGAGGGCGUCCUGCGGCUGAACGAGGCGGCCCUGGCGCGGGCGGCUGGCCAGCGCCUGUGGCUGCUCCCGCAGCAGACGUACCUGAACGUGGAGGAUGACGAGGGAAGCACCCUGGAGAGGAAGAGGAACAUCAUCUGCUGCCUCAUCAUCCAGAUCCUGAAAGGGGAGAAGGAGCUGCACAUCGAUAACCUGGUGUUCAGGGUGAUCGACGCCUGUCAGCAAUGGGAGUCCGGCCCCGCCCUGCAGUUCCUCAGCUUUUGCUGCAGCAGCACGGACGUGCUGUCCUGCAUCCUGCACCUGCUGAGCCAGGGCUACCUGCGGCGCCAGGAGGAGAACCCCCAGCUGCUGGCGUACGUCUCCGCGGAGCCCACGCCCUCCCCGCCCCCGCAGCGCCCGCCCCAAGUCACCUUCCAGACCGUGGAGAUCAAGAUGAUGCCCAACGCAGCCUGUGCCGAGAGGAGACAGACCUUCUCCACCUUCAGGUAGAAGCGGAGCAGGGCUGUGUGCGCAGGCCAGGUGGGCACAGACACUGCACCGGGGGAGUGCCGGAGCCAUCAGCCACAGGCAGGGCAUCGGCUGCCCAGUGCCGGGGGCCUAGGCGUGCCCAGAGCUUGAGCCAGGAGAGCAGCCCGGCCUGGGCCCAGCCAUGGCCCCUGGAGCAUGAGACACAAUUCCCAAGGGCUUGGGGGUUUUAAUUUACAUAAAACAGCUGUGCUGAUCUGUGCCCACAGUCCUGGGCCCUAACAGGGAACAGCAGAGCUUGCACCUCACCGCCAGCGGCCAGGGCUUGGGCACAGCUAGAGGGACUCCCUCCCUUGCCCUGGUGCGGCUGGUGCCACCACCUCGCACUAGGGUUCAGGCAGCUGGCUGAGGAUCCUAAAGUUGGGCCGGGGCAGAACGGAGCAGUCCCCCUCCCUGAGGUCUGACUCCAUCGGCAGCUCCUGAUUCCCCCUUGUGCCCUGGCUCCAUGUGCCCAGGGGUGGUCAGUGUUGAAGGCAGGUCCCUGGAGCUGGGCUUGGUAUUCCUGGCCCCGCACUGGCUGGCACACUGUCUCCUGGGGGUUGUGCACUGGGCAUGGCUGCUGCAGAUGCCAGGCGACAGCCAUGCAUGGUUUGUAGGCCCCCAAGUCCCAGUGCCCACCACAUGGGGGGUUCUCGCCCACCAGAACGCAGCUGGGUGGGAGGCAGCAGUAUUGGCCCUGACUGAGGGGUUCUGCACCACCUUCCCGCCCAGGGCCCAGCUGCACGCACCCUGCACCCCAGUCACAGUGGUACCAGCAUUAAUUUAUUAAAAUUAAUCCAGAAAAGCAACCAUACAGUAAGUUUAAAAAAAAUAGAAUCUUGUAAAAAAACAGGGUAACGCUCCCUCGGCUCCGCAGCCGCCCAGGGCUCCCAGGGGCUGGGCUUGGAGCCUUCCAGGCGGAGGGCAGGAGUGUGACAUCAGCCCAGUGCCAGGGCUACCAUGCUACUGUGAACCCCAGGCCAGCAGUAAAUGGAAAGACACAGCCGUGCCCAGGGUCCCCCCAUCUGCAGCCCAGCCUGCUCCGGAGCAGCAGGUGGGCCUGCCCCUAGCAUUUCUGGGCAGGGGGUGCCAAGGACGGGGAUGGGGGGCUGAUGUAGUAAUGGGCUGCAGCUCAGACUGGCUGGGUGCUGACUCCUGGCACUGAGGGCACAGCUGGGCCAGCCCAGCUUUCUGCUCCCCCUAGGCCAGGGGCCUCACCGCGGCGCACAGGGCAGCAUGGGCACUGCCAAGCACACCUGCCUUGAGUUCCUGCAGCGCACUGCCCCCCAGGCGGUUCUGCUGCAGGCACAGCUCCCCCCUCGCUCUUCCUAGGGCUGGGGCCCCACCGCUGGUGGUGGAGGAGGCCCCCACCUGCCACAUUCAUGGCUUCCUCCAUGCAGGUCUAGGUGAGCCUCAGCUGGUCUAGUGUUCCCUAGCUUGGGGGGGGCGGGGGGGGGGGAGAGCUGGGCCCAGGCUCAGCCCUGCAGCCCCAUGACCUCUGGGGUGCUGCAGGGCCCUGAGCCCAGGCUCACUGGGCCCUUGAGCAAAGGGUGACAGCCCCUAACCGAAACAGCAGGGUGGGGCAGAGACCCCUCACGCCCUGGAGCUGCCAGUGAGGCCCUGGUGCUUCCGAAAGGGGGCAACUGAGUUAGGCUCUUGCCGUAGGGUGCGCCUGGCUGAGCUGGCCUCAGGGCGGGAGCCAGAGCAGCCUGUUCUGCCCCCCCAGGCACAGCCCCAGUGAGACUCCCUCCAGUAGCUCCCAGUCCCCCUCCCUUCCUCAGGGUGGGACCCCUGGCCCUGGCUGGUGGGAGGCUGGCUUGGGCACCACGUGGAUCCCCCUGUUGCACCAGUUCUAGCUGCAUGUUAAAAGGCCCAGGGGGGAGAGAAACAGAGUGGGAACGGCCAGGCCACAGCACCUGGAGCUGGGCAGCAGGAACCUCCCCCAGUGCUCAGCAGAAGCGACAGGCCAUGGACAUCGCCUCCUCCUGCCACACUCAGCAGAGUCCCGGCUGCCCGGCUGGCUCACACGCUCUUCGAGUAGCCAAAGAUGCCCACGGGGAGAUGCUUGACAUGUGUUGGCCACUGCGCUGCUAGCUGGAAGAACUUCACAUCGUUCCACUCCACGCCAUCGAUGGACACUGAGAGGAGAGAGCAGAGCGCAGAACAUAAGAGCGGCCACACUGGGUCAGAGCAAUGGUCCAUCUAGCCCAGUAUCCUGUCUGCCAACAGUGGCCAGGUGCCCCAGAGGGAAUGAACAGAACAGGGAAUCAUCAAGUGAUCCAUCCCGUUGCCCAUUCCCAGCUUCUGGCAAACAGAGGCUAGGGACACCAUCCCUGCCCAUCCUGGCUAAUAGUCAUUGUUGGACCCAUCCCCCAUGAACUUAUCUCAUUCUUUUUUGAGCCCUGUUAUAGUCUUCGCCUUCACAAUAUCCCCUGGCAAGGAGUUCCACAGGUUGACUGUGCAUUAUAUGAAAAAAAAAUACUUUUUUGUUUGUUUUAAACCUGCUGCCUAUUAAUUUCAUUUGGUGGCCUCUAGUUCUUGUGUUAUUUACUCUUUCUCAUAACACUUCCUCAUUCACUUUC